GUAUCGCUCACUGAUCGACUCCAAGUUGGCGAUCUGCGGCACAAAGCCGGUGAUUGUGGGACCCCGUCUCAGUGGGUUUGGCAAAAGUGCGAUGGCGAAACAACCGACACGCCCAUUGCGCUUCAAACACCAUUUAUGUGGAAUGCACAUCACCAGCAUCAACACUCUAUCACCAUCACCAUCAUCGGCAUCAUUGUCGUCGUCAUCAACUUCCUUGUUGUUGUUGUUGUUGUUGUUGUUGUUGUCAUCCAUCAUUGCAUUCCAUACCUCACCCCACUGGCCAUGCAGACAACACACCUACAGACCUCCAACCCAAUGCUAGAUCCACCCUCCAUCGUAGGGCAUGCUGACACACUUGUCAAUGCAAAUGAAGCUGCAUGUCGACUGGAAGACCAUCCCUCGUCUGGGCUUCCCAAAUCUCGUUCCAUACUCGCUUCCUCCGCCCUCUCCACAGAAUUGCCUGUGAAUUGUCCCAUGCUGUGCUUCCUCCUGCUGUGGUCAGUGACGUUCAUUACCUACCCCUACGUGACUGCAGGUCCAGCAGGCAGACCACUCUACGCCAUUUGGGUGUUCGUGCUCUUCUUCUCCCUCUCCGCACAUUUCGUUGUGGUGCCCGGCACGUGUACUCGAGUGUUCGGACACGUUCACAUGGCCACCAUCUACGGACUGGUCUACUUUGCCACGGUAAGCGCACUCCUCCAUCCCCUCACCUCUCUGUCCGUCUGUCCAUUCCUUGCUCACACCUCCAACUCCACCAUCCCCAUUCCACUCUGCCUGCCUCUCAAUGCGUCCGCGCCUCCAUGCGUCUGUGCGUCCUUUCAUUCAACAGUCUCUUUUCUGCCUCCUUACCCUCCCUGUGAUCUCGUCAGGGUAACCCUCUCUUGCGUGUUCCUACUUGCGCAUGGGUUGCAUUUCGAGGCACAAGAUCCCUUGGCCCAAAUAUACUGCAAGCAAUUCUAG